AUGAGUAAUAUUCCAUUUCCCUCGUGGAAUGAUCAACAGAGCCUCUUCAAAUUAUCGUGUGCUGAUGCAGACACGUGUAAUCAGUUGUCCAGUGUGGGUAACCCAGUUCCUCAUCUCCAACGAGGUGAAUCCGAAGUGGGCACCAAGAAAAUGGCUAUCCCGCGACUAGCGGAAGGAACCGAGUCUGCCUUCACCUCUCCUGGUAGGUUUCAUCGUCGACACGUUCGUCGAGCAUGUGAGUCUUGCAGACAACGAAAGACGAAAUGCACCGGAGACAAGUCCGGAUGCCGCAAUUGUCGAGAGGCUGGAAUCAUCUGCUGCUAUACCGAUGGCAAGAGGGAGAAGUCCAAACGACAGUUGGCAAGCUUGUCCGCAAAGGUGCAGGCAUACGAAGAUGUUAUUAGCAAGCUGAGCAAUCGGUUCGGCGUUUCUGAUGAGCAACUCGUGAACAUUGCUCUGGCAGCGGAAUCGGCCCCUGACUUGGCAUUCAACCCAGAAACAUGCCUUGCAGCAGCUGGAGAACGAAGAAUCUCAUGGCAUGCGGGUUCUGAGCCACCGCCCUCCCGAGCAUCAUCCGUUAGUCCCCUGGAAUCAGGCGACCAGACAGAAGAGGACUUCAACAGAGACGAAACUGCACGAGCAACGGGUUUCAUUGGAAAAAGCUCUGAGAUCACUUGGCUCCAAAGGCUUAGCAAAGAGGUCAACAGUGAAUGUGAGGCCUGGCCUGCAACUAUUCCCAACACAGAUGACGAUAACGGCCUGCCCUCUCCAACUCUGACGCCUCGCCCGGAGAAUCCAAGCGAGCCAUGGGUAGUGGCUUCCAACUAUUACCUUGAUGACCUGGACAUUCCAACUGCAGAUCAAAGUGAUAUGUAUGGAGUUCCAUUACGGGAGAUGGCAGGCAAAAUGCUCAAUGCCUAUCUGACAUCGGUGCAUCCUUCCUUCCCAAUCAUUGGCGUUUCAACCUUUGUCCCCCAAUUCCAGGUCUUUUUCAGUCAACCCUCUCUCAAGCCAGGAAACAAGUGGCUCGCUAUACUCAACUUGAUCUUUGCCAUUGCGGCUAAAUAUGGGCAAUUGACGAACUUGGACUGGAAUGAAGAAGAUGAUGACCAUCAAAUGUACUUCUCAAGGGCGCGGGCCUUGAGCUUGGAAGAUCAGAUUCUCCAUCACCCUGACCUACAGCAGUUGCAAGUCGAGGGGCUUACUUCAUUCUAUCUGAUUGCGUCGGGACAUAUCAAUCGGGCCUGGAAACUUUCCGGGAGUGCAGUUCGAGGAGCGCUAGCUCUUGGAUUGCAUUUGCGCAACGUGGGUGCGAGCAUAUCCGACACUUCCAAGGAGAUACGCUAUCGGGUGUGGUGGUCAUUGUAUACACUGGAUCAUUUACUUACCAUCAUGACUGGGCGUCCUUCAUGUAUCAUCGACAGCUCUUGCACUACACCAAUGCCUGUUCCUUUUGAUGAGAGUGAUUUCCAAAAAGACGAGGUGGCUCGGUUGAUAGGCACAGCUGUACUCCGAUCCAGUGGUUCCGAGCGGAUUCCCGCCAACAACAACAACAACAACAACAACAACAACAACAAUGCAGAGGACCUAGAAUCGACGGCUGAUUCUGAUUCAAACGAUUUGCCUGCUGAGGGGGAGACAAAAUUGAGCCGAGCCGAGUAUCUGAAGAGUCUUCCGCCUUGCACUUCACUUUACUUCCUGCAGUUGGCCUCCUUGACCAGCAUCUCCAAGCGGAUGACAGUGAAACUCUACAGCCCGGAAGCGUUACAGUCCCCGUGGGCGAGCACAGAGUUCACCAUCAAGAGCUUGAUGCUUGAAAUUGAUUCAUGGUUCAUGAAUCUCCCUGCUGCAUACGAUUUCACCUCGACACAAACAUCCCAAUGCCCCAUCAGUCAGCGAAUGGGCCUCGCCUUUCUGUUCUACAGCACCAAAAUCGGAAUCACCCGGCCGUGCCUCUGUCGCUUGGACCAAUCCCCUUCCGAAGAGGAUAAGACUUACGAAUUCUGCAACAAGACCGCGGCGGAAUGUGUCGAGGCUGCAUGCCACAUGCUUACGCUAUUCCCGGAUGCCCCAGACGCAGUACUGCUAUACCGCAUGUCGCCCUGGUGGUGCAUAUUACAUUAUCUGAUGCAGGCAGUUACUGUUCUCCUACUCGAGCUGGCAUUCCGGGCCCAGCACGUCCCCGAGAAAGCGACGAUGGUCUCCAAAGCUGCAAAGAAAGCACUGGACUGGCUAUCGACGCUAUCGAAAACCAACAUGGCGUCAGAAAGAGCCUGGAAACUCUGUGACGGAUUCCUCCGCCGCUUGGCACCACAUAUUGGAAUCAACGUGAAUGAUUUCCCUACCACUGAAGAGUCCGACUCCCUCUUCGAUGUCCCUGAUACUGCAGACACCGAUGCAGUGCCAGAAGAGCCAGCAGCGGAUGAUGUGGCGUUUGACCCAUCCGCAACCAUGCCUGCAGCAGUGGCGGUUGACGCUAUCUCCGCCGAGCUGGACUCAAUCGCCUGUUCCCCGAUGGAUCAAGCCAACACUACUCCUCUCGGUAUGCAGGACCCCUACGGUCUCGAGGCACCUGAUCUACUCGACCAGUUCAUCAAGCAGGAGAAGGAUCUCUCGGGUCGGAGCUCGUAUGAUGAAUGCUUCCCCUAUGACCCAGCCACCGGCCAGAUCACGGGCUCUUUCUUCCCAUCUGGUCCAAAUAUGGAACUUGAUAUGGGGUACUUCUGGGGUGAUCCGGUGUGCUGA